UCAGACCAGCAUUGCUUCUCAUGCUAAAUGACGCAGUGACCAAACAGGCUGAAAACAUUACACCUAGUUUAGAUGAAAAUUGGUCAAGUCUGGAUGUCACAUUACAAUGAUGGGCUGGAGACGUAUCAUCUGCGUGUUAUAUGUGUGCGUGAGUGUGUGCUUCUGUGAGCCAGCUCUCUACGGGGAAGUGAAUUCCCCCUCUUACCCCAAAGGCUACCCAGGCGAUCUGUAUGUACAGUGGGAGCUGGAGGUACCGAAAGGCUACCGUAUUCAGCUCACUUUUAACCACAUGGAUGUCGAGCCUUCAGACAACUGCUUCUACGACUCAGUUACGGUUCUAUAUGGUCAGAAAAUUCUUGGAAAGUACUGUGGCCAGGAUAAUUCUGCCAAUGGCCGACACCCAGGCAAAGAACCAAUCUUAUCUCCUGGCAACCACCUUCAGCUAGUUUUUCAGACAGAUGGUUCAAACGCAGGCUCUCAGCAGCACCUGGGCUUUUCUGCUUUCUAUCAGGCUGUAGAUGUGGAUGAGUGCUCCUCUCCCAACCCAGAAGAUGAGAGUGGUCCUCUCUGUUCCCAAAUUUGCCUCAACACCGUAGGCUCCUACUUGUGUGCUUGUAACCAUGGCUACCAACUGCGGCCUGACCAGCGCACCUGUGUGUUGCACUGUGGAGGGGGGGUCUUCACUGAACCCCAGGGCAUCCUCUCGAGUCCGGGCUACCCUGACCCCUCUCCCCUCGACCAGGACUGUCACUACAACAUCACAGUGGAGCCUGGUUUCAUCAUCACCCUAAACUUCAGCGGGGACUUCCAAAUAGAGCAGAUAGAUGACAACGGGCCCACCUGCCUCUACCACUGGCUAAAGGUGUCAGUACCGGGCAAGGAGCCUAAGAAACUGUGUGGGGAUCAAAGCCCCGGACUUUACCACACUGAGUCUAAUUCUGUUCAGCUGGAGUACCACACGGACUGGCAUGGACUCAGCCGUGGCUGGAACCUGCACUACACUACCCACAGGGUGGCGUGUGGAUCUCCGCAAAAGAUCGCCAAUGGCAGAGUCACACCAGACUUCUCCGAGUACCUCUACAGAGACUACAUACAAGUCCGCUGCGACACCGGAUACAAACUCAUGCUGAAUGGGAGGGAGAUUUCAAGUUUUAUGUCAAUGUGUAAAAGCGACGGCCAGUGGCACAGGACCCUUCCCGAGUGUCACAUCAUUGACUGUGGUGAGCCCAAACCACUACUGAAUGGGGGUGUCCGGUUUCUUGCCGGCUCUAACAACGAAUUCCGUUCUGUGAUUCAGUAUCACUGCAAUGAACCAUACUAUACCUUUCCUGGUGCACAGAACCUCAGGUAUACCUGUGAUGCAGAUAGGAAGUGGAAAGAAAGUGAUCACAAUGACAUUAUCCCUCCGUGCCUUCCAGUGUGUGGCCAUCCCAUUGGAAUCCCAGGUAGUCAUCAGAGAGUGUUGGGAGGUAAGAACGCUCCAGCAGAAACGUUCCCUUGGCAAGUCCUCCUAAGCACUACUGGGCGUGGAGGUGCCAUAGUUAUCGGUGAACAAUGGAUCAUGACUGCAGCCCAUAACCUUAAGUCUGGAAGUGGAGUCACACCAAAGGAAAGUGUGAAGUUGUAUGUUGGACACAAUGAUGUAAAAGUACGGCUAGAGAGUACUCCUCUUGAAAUCGCAUCUAUACAUAUUCACCCCCAAUAUCAAGGCAACAACAACUUCGAUAACGACAUUGCCUUGAUUAAGCUUGCAAGACCUCUUACUUUCAACUCUGAAGUUCAGCCCUUGUGUCUACCACCAGAGGGCGCCAAAUAUGAACGCAGCGGGUGGGUGUCAGGCUUCGGGUACACAGAGGAAAUGAGCAUCUCUAAUGAGCUCAGAUACAUAGUGCUCCCCCUAGUGGAUCAGACAGAAUGUCGCAACUCCUUCGAAAGACUGAAGCAAGAGAACAUACCUGUCAUGCCCUUCACUGGCAACAUGUUCUGUGCUGGUUUACCUGAAGGUGGAGCAGACACAUGCAGUGGUGACAGUGGCUCAGCUUUUGUGUUAAAAGACAGAGAAAGUGACCGGUAUUGGGUUGGUGGUAUCGUUAGCUGGGGAGUCCAGUGUGGUGAAAAAGGGAGAUAUGGUGUAUACACCCGCGUCAGCCAUUAUGUGGGCUGGAUAAACACGGUCAUGGGAGAACAUUAGAAACCUGCACUAAGGGAUGAUGCCCUACAUUCAUUAAUAACAGAGGAUGUCUGUAAACGAAGUGUGCUACAUUGAUUUAAACAGUAACUAGCACAGGAUUGUGUUUCUUGCGAGAUUAUGUUGACAAUAAAAGGCAAUAUUUAGCCUAG